AUGCAGACGCCGCACCUCCCCCUUCCCCCACCGCUGCCGUGGUCGCCGGACUCGCAGCCAUUCAUCCGCCACAUGCAGAUCCUUAGCCUCGCCCUCCUCUCGCCCGGUCCUGACGAGAGUUGGAGGAUCUACGAGGCCCUUCAUCCAGAUCUCCGGUCUGCGAUCCCAGAUGACAUCUUCUCGAGCCUCAUGGCUCGCCAGCUCGCAGCCGACAAGAACCUGAAACGCGAGCGGCUUGCGGACCUGGCGAACCUUGCCCGUGUAUGCGGGAUGGACCCCGCACACCUUGGACUCCAAUCCAUCAAAGAUAUCCUCAAGGCAAUGUUCGCCCUUGAACCCGCUGAUGCAGGGUGGGAGGGCCACUACGACACACUUGACUGGCUGUGGGCAGCAUUAUUCGAGCUCAUUAGUCAUGACUUCCGCCGCAUACCCAUCCGCAUGAAGCAGGACUGGUUGGACGUCACAAACUACCGGUUCCGGAGCGACCUCAUGCGCACUCACGCGGCGCUCGAGCACCUCGUCGAACACAAGGGCGGCGUGGGGAUUACCAAGGCCGCGGGCCGGAUUCUUUUGCGCUCGAGGAGCGCGGACGCCGCGACGAUCGCAGUCUCGCUCCGCCUCGCGGCUUGGUGUCUGGCGCGUGGGGUUACCGUCGAGGAGGAGACAUUGAUGCGCAUCUUGUCGCGGUUGAAAGCGCGGUACGAUGCGGACGACGCGGACGGCCGACAGCUAGCGCGGGCAGCGGCUGAGGGUCUAAUCGCCGAGCUGCGCGAUGGCGAUGCGCACAAGGCAGCCGUACCGAUUGUGCUUGCGCUCAAGCACUUUGAGGAGGUCAAUCGGACAACACUGGAGCGCUCAACUGCAGUGGCGGAGGACCCGGACGCAACGAUCGAGCGUCUCUAUUUCACUGUUCAAAAGCUCGUUCGCGAUUCGCCUGGAGACGCAGAGCUUGAGCAAGCCCUCAAGCUCUGCAACAGGGCGCUGCGGAUGGAUGCUCACCUCGAACCUAUCCUCGUGGCCACGCUCAACGGGGUGCGAGAACACCCCCGUUACACGCUCAAGCUCGCCGAGAUGUGUUUCCAGACUAACGUCUUCCGUGAUCCCUUGUCGCAUGGGUUCAAGAACAAGUUCCUCAAUGCAGUGCUCGACUGCCUCCCGUCUGAGACAGCGCACGACUUCGCCGUUCGCCUGUACCCACUUGCGCGCACAGCCGAUGAGGCGCAGAGAUAUACGUGGACCCACGCCACUGCGCGACAGUGGCACACAUUGUUCGCGGCCACGGUCAAGCAGGGUCAGCUCCAUUUUGCCUCGCGGCUGUACACAGAUCUGCAGGCGGACGGGCUGCGCGUGCCUCAGCGCGCGCAGAUCUCGCUCAUUAAGCUCAUCGCGUCGAGACCUAGCGACUCCCGGGCUGUCCUUCUCGACCGGCACGUCAAGGACUAUCUGUGGAAUGAGACCCAGCCUGUUGAGCCCCUGAUGACUGCCAUUGGCCAGGGCUUUGGCUCGACCGGCACUGCCGAGGACGCCACCAAGGCUGUCCAUCUGUUGUUGAGCCUACUCGGUCCUGCACACGCCACCACCCGGAUCUCGAUCCCUGCUCGUGCUGUCGAACCUCUUAUGGCACCGCUCUUCCGCUCUUCCAAGGCGGACCUACGCGCACUUGGCCGCCAGAUCCUCGAGCAACUUCGUCCCGCGCACGCAGGCAAGGCGUACACGCUCGCGCUGUCUGCACUAGUCAAGAACAUUCGCGCCGCCGGCCUCCAGCAGGUCCUCACCCUCUACCACCGCAUGGACGCUACCGGCGUCCCGGCCACGAGCGAGAUUGGCUCUCUCCUAAUCAUGGCCGUCCUCAAGGAGGGGCACAUCGACUCGGCACUCGCCAUCUUCCGUCUCGUAACCGAGCAAGUCGGCCCCAUCAAGUCGGCGGCACUUGGCCGUCUGAUGGUGUCUCUCGCGCUCGCGGGUCGGACGAGCGAGGCGUAUGCCAUCGAGCAAGAAUGGCGCGCUCUCUUCCCCGAAGGCGUCGACUACGACAAGGGCGUGUAUGGAGCGCGUCUUGUGGUGGACUUGAAGGCAGGUCGGCAGGUGGACACGAGCGUCUUCGCGAAUACCAAGGAGGGUAAUAUGCUGCUGAAGAAGCACCACGGGUACAAGCCCACGCGCUCGUUCUUCAACUUCCUCGAGAGUCUGCAGCCAACGGAGGCGCACGAGAAGGAGGUAACCGCGGAGGUAGUGAAGAAGAAGGAGGAGAAGAAGAAGGAGGAGGAGGAGGAGGAAGAGGAAGAGGAAGAGGAAGAGGAGGCGGAUGAGGAGGAGGGACGUCUGGCUACAGUUUCAGCGCGCGAGAUCGAGCCGGCCAAGAGCACUGUGCGGUGCAAGCGCGCAGUGCCGCCGCUCACGAAGAGCUGGGACGCGAGUGGGGGAUGGCUGGUCGACCGCAUGGACCGGCGUGUCGACAUGGUGAGCAUGAUCUAG